UGCGCACGCGCGGAGGGUGUGGCUGCCGGCGUAUGCGUGCGAGUGCAUGCGCAGCGGGGCUCGCGUGUUCCUUGUGCUGGUCGGCAUGGGAAGCUCCUUAACGUGGUUGCUGUCGGUGCUGUGGCUCCUGUCCGUCCCAUGGCUCCAGCUAGGAAACUCGCAGGCCGCUGACAUGGUCCAGCUGCUUGGUGGGCAGUUCCUGAUGGGGACAGAUGCUUCGGAUGCCAGAGAUGGUGAAGGCCCUGCCCGGGAGGUAACAGUAAAACCCUUUGCCAUCGACAUAUUUCCUGUCACCAAUAAAGACUUCAGGGAGUUUGUCAGGGAGAAAAAGUACCGGACAGAGGCCGAGCUAUUUGGGUGGAGCUUCGUCUUUGAGGACUUGGUCUCCAGCGAACUAAGAAACUCAGCAUCCCAGCAGAUGAAGCCUGUCCUCUGGUGGCUUCCAGUGGAAAGGGCAUUUUGGAGGCAGCCCUCAGGUCCCGGCUCCGGCAUCCGGGACCGGCUGGAGCUGCCGGUGCUGCACGUGAGCUGGAACGACGCACAGGCCUACUGUGCAUGGCGUGGCCGCCGGCUGCCCACUGAGGAGGAGUGGGAGUUUGCUGCCCGGGGUGGCUUGAAGGCAGGUCAGGUUUACCCAUGGGGAAAUAGGUUCCAGCCCAACCGCACCAACCUGUGGCAGGGAAAGUUCCCCAAGGGUGACAGAGCUGAGGACGGCUUCCACGGAGUGUCCCCAGUGAAUGCCUUUCCCCCACAGAACGACUACGGUAAGGCUUCCUGCAGGUUGCUCAGUGGGACACAUCGCCCUGCCCGGUGGGGGAGGCAGAGUAAAGGAUCCCCUGGCUGCCCCCACUUUCCCACAGGGCUCUAUGACCUCAUGGGCAACGUGUGGGAGUGGACGGCGUCAUCCUACCAGCCCGCUGAGCAGGACAUGCGUGUCCUCCGGGGCGCAUCCUGGAUCGACACAGCUGAUGGCUCUGCCAAUCACCGGGCUCGGGUCACCACCAGGAUGGGAAAUACUCCUGAUUCAGCCUCAGACAACCUGGGCUUCCGCUGUGCGGCCAGUGUGGGCCGGGCCUUUGGAGAGCUGUGAGCUGAGUGUGCAGAGACCUGCUGCUCCCUGUCACUCCCUGGAUAUUUCAAGUGCACCCACAUCCUUCAUUCCCUUGCCACCUCCCGCCAGGCUGCAGGGAACCCUGCUCAGGGCGGGUGCCAUGUGGAGAGCAGGCCUGCAGGGCCCUGGGGCUGGGGGCUCCCCUUAAAGGUCAAGUGCUGAUGACAGUGGGAAGGGAUCCUUGACACCAGUAGUCUGCUUUGGAGGCCGAUGGCCAGUGAUGUUUAAAUCUGUUCCAUUCCCUUUC